GUAAAAUACCCAGUAGUGGAAUUACUGGAUCCUGUGGUAUUUCUAUUUUUAAAUUUUUGAGGAAGCUCCACAGUCUUUUCUACAGUGGUUGCUCCAAUGUACAUUUCCACUAACUGUGCAUGAGGGUUCUCUUUUCUUCACAUCCUCACCAACAUUUGUUAUUUUUUGUCUUUUUGAUACUAUCCAUUCUGACUGGUGUGAGGUAAUAUCUCACUGUGGUUUUGAUUUGCAUUUCCCUGAUGAUCAGUGAUGCCAAACAUCUUUUCAUGUGUCUGUUGGCAUUGUUCCCAAAUGUUUGAAAGAAUUAUUUACAGUACUCAUUUUACCAAAACCUAGCUAGAUUGUUUUAUUAUUUAAAAUCUUCAAAUUAUAACUGCUUAUUUAAUAACUUGAAAUUUCACAGUUGAGAUGAAUUCUUGCUUUUCAGGUUUAUUGUUACCAAUUUUGUUCUUUUUUGUGUGUAUGAUAUUUGAAGAAAUAUAAAAAUCCUUUAUCAUCCUUCUCUACAUGUAGAAAGUCAGAUUUGUUUCCAUUUGUUAAUAGGUAAUGCAUUUCUCCGAAAUGUGAAAGAUCUAGUCUCGGGUUCUAAAGUCAUUUAAUAUGCCAAGUCCUGGUAAUAUUUCUAGCUAUCUGAAAAUGAUUAAAUCAGAUAAGAAUCUAUUUUUUCUUUCCUCCCAGCAUUACCUACCAGAACAAUUCAGGCUUUUCACAGAUAGUAAUGUCAGUGUUCCUUUGGUAAUGAGUAUUUUAAAGGAAUUCUUUUGGAAAUUAAUUCUAGAAAAGGUGAUUUUUAUUAUAUUUUUACUCCUACUGUAGAUGCUGUACUUCUACAGGACUUCAGCUUGCAAUUUUUUUUAAGUAGGAGUUUUAAGUUGACUUUGGAUAUUAGCAUUUUCCCCUAAGGUUUUUGGAUUUGAAUGUUAACCUUUUGACAUUGAGUAUUCCUUGAUGGAACUAAAAAAUUUGCUUGAAUGGCUGACAAAUCUUUGUAAUCUGUAAAUAAGCUAGAAAGAUGCUAUUCAUUUCUAAUACCAAAGUAUUUUUAAAGGAGAGAGUUUUGAAAAACAGGAAAUCCUAGCUGUCAAAGUAAAAAGAUGAAUGUUCUGAAAGAAUUGCUGAAUCAUUAAUGUAAAACUGCUUGGCAUAUAGAGUAGGUGUUCCCAUAUCUUUAAAGGUUAACAUGUGAUUGUUACCUUUUCACUAUACUUUAAACAUAUAUGUACAUUUACUUUUCCUUUAAAUGUUCUUUGUUUUCUUCCAAGUUUACAGAUUUAAGGUAUCUAUAGGGCUGUGUGCAAUUCUUUUGACAUUUUCUUAUUAAUCCAUCUUUCCAUUAUAUUAGAAAUGGGAACAUCUUUGAAAAGAUGACAAAACAAUAGGAGAUAAAAGAUGAGUAAUAUAGACUGAAAAUAUUUCUCACAAAUAUACAAAGUAUAUACAAAAAAGCAGAUAUCAAAAGGGUAUGUAAAUGAUAUUACAUAAACUUUGUUAACAAAAAACAAAUACAAAACUAUAAGUAUCAUAAAUAUAAAUAUAAUAUAAAUAUUUAUAGGAAAAAAUGACUACAAGGAAAUAUACUUAGCAGGAAUUACCUAAAGUGGUAUGAUAGGGAGGUUUUUAUUUUAUUCUUUUUUCUUUCUGUGUUUUCCAAAACCUUCAGCAAUGAGUAUUGAUAAUUAUAAUUAGGGAAAUGUGUUUUUAAAAGCAAAAAUGUUUCUCAUAUCGCUGCCCUGUAAAUAGCAUAUCCAGAUUUCAAGAUGAUCCAGUUAAGGUCUUAUAAGAAACAUGAGUAUUUACUGUCUGUAACCUGAUACUUUUCUUCUAUCUUUCCUGCAGCACAAAAAUUCUUUAAAUAGUGACCCUAAGAGUUGGGCGGAGACAGAGGUGGGGGGAGUGGGAUCUCAUUCUGUUUUUGCUAAAGUAGCUAAAAUCAGAUAAGAAGCUUUCACAAAUACUUAGUUUGCCAGAACUAUUAACUCUUGUAUAUUACAGAAAACUAGUUAAAACCACUAAGAUAAUUUUAAGUCCUUGACUGCUUUUGAUGUUUAUGAUAUCCUUUUACAAUGUGAAAUUGGUAUGUUGACCUCCUGGCAUUUCUGAUUGAUAGACCCCAGGAAUUCUGAAAAUGACACAAAUUAUCUGAAAAUGUUAAUUUAAACAAACCAUAUUUUAGCAUUGUGUAUCUUAUAUUUGGAUAACUUGAAAUUGAAAUUAAAAUACCUAAAAUCAGUUCAAGGGUACCUUUAAAUUUGUAUAAUGCCUUUAAUUUAUUUUAACAUAGGAUGCCUAUUGGCUAUAAUUAUUUUGUUUUUUUUCUCCUACAAUAGAGUAAAUAAAUACGUAGUUAUGAUAUUCUGUGCUGAAAUAUUGGGUUCUUAAUCCACUUAGCUUCUUAAAAAGGAAAUAAAAAUGGUAGAGCCAGAAGGAAAAUGAAUAGUUAAUCGUGGAGGAGGAGAAAACCUAGCUCUGUACUUUGACUAGAGGCAGCUGGGGAAGUGACGUCCUGUAGCAUUUGCUGUUCUAGAAAGUACAGAGACACGUAGUGAAAAUGGGAGGAUCUAGAAGGAGGCUGUCUCCUGUGUAGUGUAUAUUUAUCUGUAAGUAAGCCUUUGGGGAAGGAAUUAAAUAGAGACGCUGCUUGCUUGCUGCCUUAAGACAGCGAAGCUGAAUUGCUGAUUUGCUUUAACUUUUAAAAUACCCAGCUUGGUUUAUUUUUCUUGGAAUCGUUGUAUUGCUAAGACUGGGGACGCUGUUUUCUUUCACAAAGGGAAAUCUAAGUUCAUUUCAAGGCAUUCGAAAUGGGGAAAGACUAUUAUUACAUUUUGGGAAUUGAAAAAGGAGCUUCAGAUGAAGAUAUUAAAAAAGCUUACCGAAAACAAGCACUCAAAUUUCAUCCGGACAAGAACAAAUCUCCUCAAGCAGAGGAAAAAUUUAAAGAGGUCGCAGAAGCUUAUGAAGUAUUGAGUGAUCCUAAAAAGAGAGAAAUAUAUGAUCAGUUUGGGGAGGAAGGGUUGAAAGGAGGAGCAGGAGGUACUGAUGGACAAGGAGGUACCUUCCGGUACACCUUUCACGGUGACCCUCAUGCCACAUUUGCAGCAUUCUUUGGAGGUUCCAAUCCCUUUGAAAUUUUCUUUGGAAGACGGAUGCCUGGUGGUAGAGAUUCUGAUGAAAUGGAAGUAGAUGGAGAUCCUUUUACUGCCUUUGGAUUCAGCAUGAAUGGAUAUCCGAGAGACAGGAAUUCUGUGGGACCAUCCCGCAUUAAACAAGAUCCUCCAGUUAUUCAUGAACUUAGAGUAUCACUUGAAGAAAUAUAUAGUGGUUGUACCAAACGGAUGAAGAUUUCUCGAAAAAGGUUAAAUCCUGAUGGAAGGAGUUAUAGAUCUGAGGACAAAAUUCUCACCAUCGAGAUUAAGAAAGGGUGGAAAGAAGGCACCAAAAUUACUUUUCCAAGGGAAGGAGAUGAAACGCCAACUAGUAUUCCAGCAGACAUUGUUUUUAUCAUUAAAGAUAAAGAUCACCCAAAAUUCAAAAGGGAUGGAUCAAAUAUAAUUUACACUGCUAAAAUUACUUUACGAGAGGCAUUGUGUGGCUGCUCAAUUAACGUGCCAACAAUGGAUGGAAGAACCAUACCUAUGUCAAUAAAUGAUAUUGUGAAACCUGGAAUGAGGAGAAGAAUUAUUGGAUAUGGGCUGCCAUUUCCAAAAAAUCCUGACCAGCGUGGUGACCUUCUAAUAGAAUUUGAGGUGUCCUUCCCAGAUACUAUAUCCUCAUCAUCCAAAGAAGUACUUAGGAAACAUCUUCCUGCCUCAUAGAAUGAAAAACUUUGUUACCCAUAUUUUGAUAAGGCACUGAAAAUAUAAAAGGACUGGCAGUUUACUGAUGUAGAUGUGAAUUCUGUAUAAAGAUGUGUAAAUUAUUUUGAGGAUUCAUUAAAUUGCAUGAAUAGAGACGGGUCAAAUAAAUAGGCAAAAGGGAUUUUUACAGUUAGAGAUGAAGAGAAAACCUAUUCACUGUAUUUUAUUUCAUUUCUCCCAAAUCAGAAAUUUUUAGUAUUUUGCUUCAUGUAAAAUUUGUUUUUGUGGAGUUAGUGGAUAUAUUUCUAAUAAAGUACUAGCCUAUCCUAAAGUACUUUAUUUCUCUUAUCUUUACAUUAUCAGUAUGAUAGGUUCUCAUUUAUAAUGGAAAUUUAAAUUCUUAACUAAACUACACAUGUGAUAUGUAUUUCUAGAAAAUUAAAGCCCAAGUCAUUUGGAAAUGUGGUUGACUAGAUUUAAAUCUCCAUCUGAAAUGCUGCUAUAGGGCUGGUACCCGUAAAAGAAUAUACUAAUGCAUAUGUUUCACCAUUUUGAUUUUUAAAGUAUGCUGUAGCAUUUCUUAAUAACAUAGUUGUAAUGUUCUUAAGGCAGACAUUUUCAUCAUAAAAAGGAAAUUAAUGGCAAUAUAUCUCCUGUGGAAAUCCCAAUUGCCUGAAUUACUGAUAUUUUAGAAAUAGGCUGUUUUUAAAAUGCCAUAUGUAAUUUUAUGCAAGUUGACUAUAUAUCUUGGACUUAAUAAAUUAUAGGCACAUUUUAUUGUCCACUAGUUUAAAAUAAUUUGUUUAAUAAUAAAUGUGUUUUUAGAGGAAAUAUUGUUACUUGGAAUUAAUUUUCCAAUUAUACAGUCUUCUAUAACUUACUGAUAAUAUGCUAUAUGUACCUUAUGCAAUUUCCCUAAAAAGAAUAAAGUACCACUAUGGUGUUAAACCAAAAUAUGGGGAAAAUAAACACUAACUGCUGCUUAUGAAUGAUGUUGCUACUACUUGUUAUGCAUAUAAAUAUUUUACUUUUUCAUAUA